AUGUCUACCAUCCGUUGCCCGCAGUGCGACUCAGAGCUUAAGCGGUGUUUGAUUCUACAGAAUUAUAGUAUGGUGAUCUGCCCGAAUAUUCAGUGUGAAUUUCCGUUUAAUGAGCAUAAAACUCUUGACGGCAUCGUUUACACCGAGGACAAAGAGAUCCUGAGUUUUGCGAAACAAAGACUUGAGAAUGGAGAGAAAAAGGCCCAGCAGUGA